AUGCCGCGAUUACUAGAAAGCGAAAUUACAAAGUAUUUAGAAACUCUUGAAGAUUCAGAAGAUGGCUUAGACGGCUCGGACUCUGAAGUAGAGGAUGAAGGUCACUACUAUCAAACAGCUCGAGAUGUUCUUCGGGACCUUGAAAAUAGUGAUGAAGGUGAGAAUGCCCAGUCUGAUGAAGUGGAUGCUGAUCCUCCUCUCGUAAUUGACAACGAUCAAAAUAUGCCAGAGCCUCCUAUUUUGGAAGCCGGAGAAGCAGUACCCCAGAGUAGAUCACAAGAAAUUUCUAAGCGACCUCUGGUUUGGCGAAAACGGAAUCUUGUUACUGCUAAAGACAGCCUUAUUUUUAGGGGAGAAACUCAGAUAACGGAAGCAUUGAUGUCUUGUAACACGCCGUAUGAUUUUUUUUUCAUUUUAUUUUACAUCAGAUCUAAAAAAGCAAAUUGUAGAACAAAGUAA